CCCUCUCGUCUCGCGCCAGCAGAGUGGAACUGCGCAUGCGCAGCAGCGGUGCUCAGCUGCUCUAGCGCGAGCCGGGUGAAAAUGGCAAAAAACAAUUUUAUAUUCACGCAGUGCGUCUUAUAUUUUUUGGCUUUCGUCUUUGGGUUUAUCGCGGUAGUGCCUCUCUCUGAAAAUGCGGAGGACUUCGGAGGGAAAUGCUUGCUCUUCACGCGGGGUAUGUGGCAGAACGAGAACAUCACGGUGUCCAAGCAGCGCUUCAUCGUGGAGGAAUGGGGACCGCAGUCCUCCUGCAGCUUCAUCACCUUCGUCGGCGUAGCCUCUCUCGUGCUGUCCGCUGUUCAGGCCUGGAGACUGCUCUUCCUCAUCUGCAAAGGCCAUGAUGACUCCAUAUUUAAUGCCUUCUUGAACCUGCUGAUCAGCUUGUUUGUGGUGUGUGCUGUGUUCCUGUCGAGCACCAUUGUGACUGUGGGCUUCAACCUGUGGUGUGAUGCUAUUACAGAGGGGGGCAGCAUGCCCGGCAGCUGUGAGGAUUUACAGGACACUGAUUUGGAGCUGGGGUUAGACAACUCUGCAUUCUAUGACCAGUUUGCCAUUGCACAAUUUGGACUGUGGGCUGCUUGGUUGACCUGGUUGGGUAUCACAUUCAUGGCCUUCCUGAAGGUCUACUAUAACUACCGUCAGGAAGACCUGCUGGACAGCCUGAUCCACGAGAAGGAGUUCCUGCUGGGCCGUUCCUCACGCCGCUGCUCAGACAUACUGGAUAAGAAAAGUCCCAUGAUCUGAUUCUCUUGGGAAGCACAGUAUAUGGUCUGAAUGUGAUGAUUUGAGAUGAGACACAAAGGUGACAGGCUCUGAAAUGAUUAGUAUUUCAAGGUUCUUUUUGCCACAGACUUAUUGGACCCAUACUGUUAUUGCACCUGACUCCUGACAGCCUGUCUGUCAUCUGUGGGAGGCCAGUAAAACUGAAUCAGACAUCGACAUGUACAUGUGUAAAAGGCUGUCUGCAAGCUUACCCCAAAGACUUCAUUAUUAAUCUAAAUGAAUUCAUUUAUUAUUCAUUGCUAAAUAAUAAAUAUUAAAUUUUAUCCCUUUGUUGCUUAGCUCUUCCCAGGGUAGACAUUGACCAAAUGAAAUUAAUUUUAUUCCUAAGAUUGAAAAGGUCUGCAACACUUUUGUGGCAAAGAGAACCUUGGCUCAUUUUUGGUCCGCGAACAUAGAGAUUACUGCAGUCUUUACAGUCAUACAGGGGCUAAAAUGUGACUGACUAAUAACCUAUAGUGCUAUUAAAUUAUUGUGAAACCUGUUUACGCUACAAUUAGUCUAAAUAUUGCACAUAUUCAACAAACUCUUUCAAUUAUCAUUAUAUCUAAUUGUACUUUUACUUUACUAACCACAGCCUCAGAUUUCGGUUACAGAUUAUUAUACUGUAUCUGUUAUAAGGCUUGAUUUCUGUAAUAUGAGUCUCAAAAUGAAUUCAAUUUUCAGUUAGUGAUUUCUGGCUAUUAGUUUACAGUAGGUAUUUAUUUUCUCAGGUUCUGUUCUUAUCAUUUCACUAUUAUCAAUAUGUGUAUGCAUAUACAGCGAGUGUGAUGUAUGUGAAGAUGCGUACAACCAUAUAGGCAGUUCAAUAUAAAAAUGUGUUCUGCAUUACUUACAGCUUCUAACAAAAGACCAUAGUGGACUUAUUAAUCAUUUCAAAUGAAACAAAAUGGGUACUGAAGCAAAAAAGGGCAUACAGUUGCACAGUGUGUAGUCUUUCAGCAUUAAUUUUUUCUUGCACCGUAUAAGUAUUUGCCACCUGCUGCAUGCUGCAAUAAAUGUGUAUGUGCAUUUUCAAUAUAAUCAGUUUAAAAAUAGCCAAAUAAUUAUUUUGUUGCCUCAAUGGCAUAUUUAUAUUGUGUGUUUAUUCAUUUUGAAAAUGCAUGAAUAAUGAUUUGAGCUUAUCUUUAUAACAUAUUAAACCUUUGUUCUCCAUCUCCCAUAUAAAACCCAUACCAUAUUUAACUGUGUUCUUUUAUUCUUUCUGUGUAUUCAGUUUUGGUUGAAUUAAUCUCCUCAUUAUAGGUAUUCCUAACAUCUCUUCCUUUUCAGCUGUUUGUAUUCGGUAUUGCUUAUUGCCAGACAUCAGGAAAAUAUGACCUCAGUGCUGAUUUUAUCGGUUGUUUAUGUAGCCAGAUGGCGAAAUGCAUCAUUUAAAAUAAUAAAAUGGGAUAGGAAUUAUGAGUACAUCUACUUCAUAUAGAUUUUCGUUUCGUGUUCUUGAUAACUAAUGGAACUGAUUAUUAAUCUCUAAUAUACAAAAGACCAAAAGAAAGUGUUUAGGUUAUGUUGACAGUGUUAACCUGUCAAAAGCCACCAGAGCAGCUAUAAUUUGCAUUGGUAUAAAGUCUCCAGAACUAUACUAGAGGUUUGAAAAUCAUUUGUCCAUUUUGACGAUGGUGUUUGUGACAGCUAUGGCUAAAAUUUGUUGCAGGUGUUCAUGUAACAUAUUAUAUAGGCACCACCGCUCACAGCCAGGUAGUAAAGUGUAUAGGAGUCUAUAAAUGGACAAGAAAUUUGUCCGUUCAUCCAAAGUAAGAUACAAAUAGAUAAGCAGGCAAUUACAAAUUUUGAAUAAUAAAAAAACAUGUUUAUAAAGACAGUAUAUGGUUACUUUAAACAUAAGAUGAAUGACAAUGAUACAUAUACGGUGUUCAAAUGUUGUACAACAGUUUAUUUAAAACAAUAAAUGCAAUUUUAACAUUAA